AUGAAGAACCUUGGUCAACAGUCUUGGAAGAGAUCAACAAAAUAUUUGCAAUUGUAUUUGAAGGCGGAUGUCUCUUUUAUUUGGAUAUUUCCUGUGGGUUAUAAGGUUCCUGCAAAGAAGAUUGAAUGGCAUUGGGGUUGCCUGAGGGUUUUGGGGCGCCAAAAGAAUGAUGACAAUUCCCCUGAAGAUGCUGCAAGAAGAAAGAUCCCAUCUUUGAGCAGCAUUCAUGGUAAUAACACCACUUCCGUUACUCUUGCCUAUAGAGAUACUGUCAUUUUUAUAUCAUUUGAUACUCGAGAAGGAAGUAGAGCAGGACAAGAUAUAGGGAACUUUCUUGAUCGAUGCAUCUCUAGCAAUUGCUUCCGUUUCUUAUGGGUGCUGGAUCUUGAAAAUGUUUACAAGCCAAAAUUGCCCAAGACAGUCGGUCAGCUGACUCACUUGAGAUACCUAGGCUUGAGAUCAACUUAUCUAGAGAUGCUUCCCAUGUUCAUUGAUAAAUUGCUAAACCUUCAAACGCUUGAUUUGAAGCGCUCUUGCAUCAAUACUUUCCCCACUACUAUCUUGAAGAUGCCAAGACUAAGACAUUUAUUCUUAGAUGAGAGUUUCUGCAGCACAUUUUUCCCUCCACAAGAACACAACUCUCUAAUGGACCUUCAAACAUUUUGGGGUGUAUUCAAACAUUUUGGGUGUCAGCCAUGGGAUCUACAUUUGCAGUCUUUGUCAGGCAAUGAGCUUUCUGAUAUAUAUUUGGUCGGAAAGCUAAAGAAUCAAGAUCUUAUAUCUAAGUUUCCCCAAAGCCUCACUGAACUCACCUUGUCUGCUUCUGGACUGAUCGCUGAUCCAAUGCAGUCACUUGACAAGCUUCCCAACCUUAGGAUUGUGAGAUUGUUUUCCAGAUCAUUUUCAGGAAAGAAAAUGCUUUGCAAAGAUGGAGGAUUUCCAAAGCUUGAAGUCCUCAAGCUGUGGGAGCUGGAGCUAUUGGAGGAAUGGAAUAUGGAGAAAGGAGCAAUGCCUGGUCUGAAACACCUGGAGAUUAGACACUGCAUAAAUUUGAAGACGCUUCCUGAUGCACUGCGAUGCAUUGACACCCUCCGAGAAGUAAAACUAAUAAAACUGCCAAUGUUAUCAUCAACCCUGAAAGAUAAACAAAAUGAGAAUUUGGAUAAAAUUGCGCAUGUUCGCCGUAUCUGCAUAGAAGAUUGAUAAUGCAGAACAGAAGUUAAAGCUUAUCAUAAUAUGGUUUUUCUUACUUAUUGACAUGUUAUGUGGAGACAUAAUUGAAUUGGGAUAAUUUGUGUAAAUUUGCAAAUAAAUAAAUAAAUAUGUAUGUAUGCCUAA